UAAUUUCAUCAUCAUUUUCCAAAAUUUCAUGCACCCAACUUCACAAAUAUUUUCAGAAACUUCUCUUUUCCUUCUUCAGAAACUUCUAUAUUCACUUCAUUUAUUUAUGUAACUAUAAGCACCUGAAAUAUAACUAGCCAUUUAUUUCCCCAGCAUUAUUUCAAGAAAACAAGAAAAUGGAUUGUGGUUUCAAUUGGGAAUACAAUUCAUUGAUCAAUGAAUUAACACAAGGGAUGGGACAUGCUAAGCAACUAAGAGCAUAUUUCAGCUCUGCAGCUUCUUCUUGUUCUUCUAAUAAAAUUCAAGAAUUGCAUUUGCAUAUGCAAAUGAUUCUUUCUUCUUUUGAGAAUUCUCUGUCAAUUCUCAAAUGGACUGGUUCAAUAACACAAACCCCACAACUUGUAGUAGCACCACCUAUAUCAAAUGUUGCACUUGAAUCUUCUUUUUCUGUUGAUGAAAGUCCUAAAACUGUUGACUUGAAUGGAAAUUUCAAAGAGAAUGAUCAGGACCUAAGAUAUGUUUCAAAGAAGAGAAAACAGUUGCCAACAUGGACAGAACAAGUCAGAGUUAGUGCAGAGAAUGGAUUUGAAGGGCCUACUGAUGAUGGAUAUAGUUGGAGAAAGUAUGGACAAAAAGACAUUCUUGGUGCUAAAUAUCCCAGGAGUUACUACAGAUGCACAUAUCGACUAAUGCAAAAUUGUUGGGCAACAAAGCAAGUGCAAAGAUCUGAUGAUGACCCUACACUAUUUGAAAUCACAUACAAAGGUUCACAUACUUGUAACCAAGCUUUUAACUCUGCACAUACAACAUCAUCAGAGAAACAUGAAUUCAAGAAACAAGCCAACAAUCCAAAAAUAGUACAAUCGAACCAGAUGCUCGCCAACUUACAAGCAAAUUUAAGAGUGAAUACUAAUGACUUGGACAAGAAGGAGACAACAUGUUCUUUCCCAUUUUCACCUACAUUCUCUGGUUUCGUAGACGAAAAUCUGCAUUUUCAAGUGUCACAAGUUGAUGACAAUUUGGUAGGAGGUUAUUCGCCGUCAUUUAUCUCUCCCACAACCCCAGAAUCAAGCUACUUCUCAUUACGAAGCUGCCAAAUGAAUGGUUCGCAACGAAUCCACAGCUUACAUAAUUCAGAAUCAGAUCUUCCUGAUUUAUUCUCUGCCAACACUUCAUCAACAAGCUCUCCAAUUGUAGGCUUGGAGUUUCCACUUGAACAUGUGGAGUUAGAUCCAAAUUUCCCAUUUGAUAACUCAGAAUUUUUCAGAUAAACUCAAACUAGUACUGUCAAAAAGGAAUAAUAAAGAGGAAUAGCUGUGUUUUUCAUCACUAAAUCAACUCAUUAAAGUUGAUGAUUUCUUCCUUUAGGAAGUAGUAGUAUAGAAGUUUUUGUAUAAAUUAACAAGAAAGCUGGCCAAGGGUAGUAACAAGCUAUAGUAUUUGUAUCAAUAUAGCUUAGUAUUUUUGAACUUCUAGUCAUCUAACAUCAAGCUACUGAGUGAAACUCAAUUACAUUCUUGCUGAAGACACUUGAACAUU